ACAGCGUUCAGUGAACCGGAGAGAGACAGAGAGAGAGAGGGACAGAGAGAGAGACCAAGGGUGAACAAUAUUACAAGGCAGCAGCCACACACAACAGGAAGAGAACGCGAACGUGGACAAGGACAACGACAACAACAACAACAACAAGAACGAGAACGCUGCGUGGCAGUGUUAGCAGGAUGUCAAAAUGCCAUCGGCAGAUCAAAUCUUGUUCAUAAAUGUCACCACAACGGUGGCCGCGGCUGCGUUGACAGCUGCCGCAGCCGUCAACAGCACGCCAGAGGCAUCAACAACAGCAGCAGCAAGCAACGGACGCAGUGUUGAGACAGCAGCAGCAGCAUCAACAGCAACAGUGGCAUCCACAACAACAGCAGCGCUGGCGGCCAAUCUGUCUGGUUCGCUGGUGGACAGCUUAACAACAACGGCAACAACAACAGCAACUGCAACAGCCACAGCAAUUGUCGAGUCAACGAACGAUUGCAGCGCUCUGGCCGUAGAGAAGCUGCACGGCAGCUUCCUCGGCGUGCAGCUGGCGGUGCCGGAGUGGGAGGCGCUGCUCACAGCGCUGGUUCUCUCCAUCAUCAUAGUGCUGACGAUCAUUGGCAACAUUCUGGUCAUACUGAGCGUCUUCACCUACAAGCCGUUGCGCAUCGUCCAGAACUUCUUUAUCGUGUCCCUGGCCGUGGCCGAUUUGACGGUCGCAUUGCUCGUGCUGCCACUCAAUGUGGCCUACUCGAUACUGGGACGCUGGGAGUUCGGCAUACACCUGUGCAAGCUGUGGCUCACCUGCGAUGUCCUCUGCUGCACCUCGUCCAUACUGAAUCUUUGUGCCAUUGCACUGGAUCGCUACUGGGCCAUCACCGACCCGAUCAACUAUGCCCAGAAGCGAACCGUGGGCCGUGUGCUGCUCCUCAUCUCGGGCGUCUGGCUGCUGUCGCUGUUGAUCAGCAGCCCGCCCCUGAUUGGCUGGAAUGACUGGCCGGAUGAGUUCACCAGCGCCACGCCCUGUGAGCUAACCUCGCAGCGCGGCUAUGUCAUCUACUCCUCGCUGGGCUCCUUCUUCAUACCGCUGAUCAUCAUGACCAUCGUCUACAUCGAGAUCUUUGUGGCCACGCGACGCCGCCUGCGUGAGCGUGCCAAGGCCAACAAGCUGAAUACGAUCGCAUUGAAGAACACCGAUCUGGAGGCCAUCAAUGCCGGCAACGUGGCCGUGGGCGGCAGCUCGACCAGCUCCAAGGCGCGUGCUCUGGGCAGCCUCUGCGGCAGUUGGCUGUGCUGCGGCCGCGAUCGCGCCAACUUUGCCGCGCCCAUGAUUCACAACGAUCAGGAGAGUCUGAGCAGCGAGACACACGCCCAGCCAGAGGGCAACAAUGAGUCACAGCAGCAACAGCAGCAACAUGUUGUGGUGUUGGUCAAGAAGUCGCGACGUGCCAAGAUCAAGGACUCCAUCAAGCAUGGCAAGGCGCGAGGCAAUCGACGUUCGCAGUCAUCGUCGUCGGCCUGCGAGCCGCACGGCGAGCAACAGUUGCUGCCACAAGGCAACAGCAAUAAUGCAGCAGGCAAAUCGGAUCCCGAGAUAAGCACAGAGAGCGGCAGUGAUCCCAAAGGCUGCAUACAGGUGUGCGUAACCCAAACUGAGGAGCAAACCUCGCUGAAGCUGACGCCGCCGCAGUCGUCGUCAACAGGUGUCGCUGCAGCCAGCGCAUUGCAGAAGAAGCCGAGCACCGUGAAUCAGUUCAUUGAGGAGAAACAGAAGAUCUCGUUGUCCAAGGAGCGAAGGGCUGCCCGCACGCUGGGCAUCAUCAUGGGCGUGUUUGUCAUCUGCUGGCUGCCCUUCUUUCUCAUGUAUGUGAUUCUGCCGUUCUGCCAGAGCUGCUGUCCCACAAACAAGUUCAAGAACUUCAUCACCUGGCUGGGCUACAUCAAUUCCGGCCUCAAUCCGGUCAUCUAUACGAUUUUCAAUCUGGACUAUAGACGCGCAUUCAAAAGACUUCUGGGCAUCAAGUGAUAUGACAGCUCGGGCCGAGCGCAAGUGUGCGAUAAGCGAGAGAGCGUCAGUCAAAGUGUGUGCCAAAGGUUGAUAUGAUUCGCGAAUGUGUGGAAACACCUGACAAACUCUUACACUCAAAUAUGGUUUCACUCAUUUGUAAAAAGAUCUCAAAGUUUCAUUUAAAGCAAUUUAUAUGUACUAAAUAAGAAAGUUACAAAUAAUUGAGAA